AUGAAGGAAAAAAAUAUAUCAAACAUACCAAAAUUUAAAAAGAAAAUACUGAUGCAAAUCAUGGAGUUUUCUCUCUAAUUUAGAAUCUUAUAUGAAGAUGAUAUCAUUAAAAUACCUCCACUUUUAUUUUCAAUUACUAUAAUUAUGUCAUACCUUUAAGAAAUUAGUUUUCUCUUUGAAAAUUAUUAUUUAACUGAUAAUGGAUCCUUUAGUUUCAUGAAGUGCCUAAUCAUCAUAUCUAAAUUCACUCGACCUUACAAAAUUCUAAAUGACCACUUUUAUAGAUAUUCAUACCUUAUACCAUUAACAAUUAAUCUUAUUUAUUUUUCCUUAGUACUUAAACUAUUUAUUAAUCACAAAUAAGGAAAAUCAAAAUACUAAAAACUACUAGAGACAUUUUAUUAAUAAAAUAGACUUUUUAUUAUUUUAAUGACAAUAUUGACUUAUAUAUAAGCUUUACACUUUCACUUUAUUUUUGUGAAUUUUAUAGAACUCAGUGUAGCUUCUAUAUCAUAUAAUUCAUAAUUGAAUAAUAUCAAUGUAGGAAAUCUAAUUUUUGCCAUAAUUACACUGAUUAUUGUAAUUUUAAAUAUGAUUGCCUAAAUGAUAUGUAAUCUUGAACUGAAUUAAAUAACUAAAUAAAACUUUAGUGUAUUACAAUAAAGUUUCAGUUUAUAUUGGUAAUAGAUGUCAAUAUUACUAGUGAUUUUAAUAAAUUAAUUAAAUGCAGAUAAUGCAAUUAAGUUUUAUUUAAUUUUUACUUUGUUAGCAUUAAAACUUAUAUUUUGUAUUUAAUCAUAAUUAUUGUAUUUCAUUUCAUUAUUUAAAAAAGCAUAUAUUGAAUUAAUUGGUUUAACAGCACAAUUAAAUAUUUUAAUAAUAUUAUUAAUUUUGUAAAUUCAAUAAAAUAAUUUUGAUAAUAAAGAUUCCAUUUUAUUUAUUGUAUCAUAUCCAUUACUAAUUCAAAUUAUAUUGACAACAUUUUAAGAAUUUCAUGAAAGAAUUUUAUUAAAUAGAAAAAAUACAUUGAAUGCUUAUUAAUAAUAAUAUAAAAUAGCUGAAAUUUUCUUAAAUUUUGGAGUAAUUUACAACUCUUUUAUAGAAAAUAAGAAAUAUAUGGCAUUUAUAUAUAAUUUUUAAAUGAUUCACAAAGAAGCUUGUUAAUCGAAUCUAUGUUGUUGUUAAACAAAAAAUUUUAGUUUUGAAUAAAUUAUUACAUUAUUUUUAAAGGAAUAAAUUUAAUUAUUUGGAGAAGAGAUUAAUUAAAUUAAAGAUAAAACUAUUCGUUAAAGUAUGUUUUUACGUUAUUUAUCCUAUAUUAAUUAUUUGGGUUUUAAUACAAAAGCUUUUUAAUAAUCAAAUGUUUAGGUUAUUAAUGAAAGUUAAAUUAGGUAUUAUAUUUAAUAAUCUUUAGUUCAAGAUUAAUUAACAAUUAAAGAAGUGAAAGUAAUAAAGUUGAAUCCAGCCAUAGUUUAGAUUAGAAAAGCUAUUCUCAAUAAAGAUAAAGGAAUGAUUUAGAAAAUGAUGAAUUUACUAGAGUAAAAAUUAUGAAUUUAAGCUUUAUUAAUUAAAUUAAAUUAAGAAUGCUUUAAGAUUCCAUAAAAAAGUCUAUGAGUAAUGGUUUGAGGAAAUAAAGUAUUAUGUAAGAAAAUCUUGAACAUGCAGUAAAUUUAUUUUUAAUGUCAGAAACAGCAAACAAAAGAUUAAAAGAAAAGAUAAUAACAUCUUUAAAUAGAAAAAGAUAAUAUUUUAAUAAUAUAUUAUUAAAUACUGGAUCUAUAUUUUAAAAUUCUAAAAAUUUACUUAUUAAAUUUAAAAAAAUAGAAAAUGAAUUAUUGAAAUUAUAUGAUUAAUUCCCUAGCAGAAAAAUGUAAGCUUUAAAUACAUUUUUAUAAGCAGAAUUAAUGAACAAUUAUUUUUCAGCUUAUAAAUUAACAACUGUAGCAUCUAUAUCAGAUGAAAAAUUACUUAAGAUGUAAUCAUAAAUAUCUAUUGAUUUAUUUUCUAGCAAAUUAGAUUAUAUAAUUUUUGGUUUUGAUAAAAAAUCUCAUUAUUUAUAAAUUUAAUCUACUUCAAAUUUAAUUCAUUAAUUUUUUGGAUAUACUCAAGAAUAAUUUAAGCAAUUAAACUUUAUUGAAGCUAUAUUACCAUAAGGAUUUGAAUUGAUUCAUUAAAAAUUAAUUUAAAAUUUUCUAUAGAGUGGAGAAUCCAAAUUUUAUAAAUAAAUUAAUUUAAGUUUUUGUAGAACUACACAUAAAUGUAUAAAACCUAUAGAUUUCUUUUUUGAUAUAAACUUAUCAAAUUUUGAAGAUCUAACUUUUGUUACAUUUCUUUAAGAUACAUAAGUAUCACCUGCUUAUAUUUUAUGUUGUGAUAAUAAUAAAAUUUAAUGUAUGACAAAAAAUCUAGCAUAAAAAUUAGGUUAUGAAUAGAAAUACAAUUAAAAUUUAAUUGAUCUAUUAUUUAAAUAAUAAAUCAACAAAGUAUUUCCAAGAUUUCAUAAUAUUUAUGAAUCAUUCUUAUCUAAAGCUUCUAUUAUUCAAAAAGAUUAAUAUGAUCAAAUUAAUUUUGAAGAUAAAUAAACUAAUUAUGAUUAAAGUGAUACUCAAAUCUAAAUGAUUAUUCCAAAUCCUUUAAUAUUUGAAAAGAAAUAAACUAUGAAUUGGGAUUAAAAUGAUAAUACAAUUUAAUUAACAGCAGAUGUUGUUUUUCAUUUAAGAAAUGUCAAAUAAGAAUUAUUUUCUUAUUUAAUUGUAGAAAUAAGAGAUACUAAAAAAUUCAUUUAAACAGAAUUUUCAACACCUUUUUAAACUGAAGUACCUUUAAGUACUAAUAAUAAUUUAGAAUAUCUUGCUUAAUUAACAGAUAUGGAUAAUAAUUUUGAAAUAAUAGAAGAUUAAGAAAGUUUUUGUUUAAGUCCUCCAAAAGCUUUAGAAAUAUUAGAGAAUUAUGAAAAAGAUUUAAAUCAUUUUGGAUAGAGAUUAAGAAUUAAUUAAAAUAUCAAUAAUUCUAAUUCUUAAGUUAUUUAUCCUAAUAUUUCAAUUGCUUUAGCAAGUCCUAAAGAUAGUGCUUCAAGAUUAAUUGAUGAAAAGUAGGAUAUCUCCUUAUAAUAAAUGAAUAAUACUAUUUCAAAAAAAUAAAAUAAAAAUAAAUAACAAUACUUUUCAGCUUUAGAUUAAAGAGAAGAUUAAGAAUCAAGUAAUUUUAUAAGUAGUAUCAUAUAAAAUAAAUAAGGUGAUCAAAAUUAAGAUUAAUAAUUAGAUUAAAUUGAUAAGGAUUUAUAAGAAAACAUUAAAUAAUAAAUGUAAAUUUUGAAUUUAGUAAAUAAUCCAAGUAUGAUUAAAUUAAAUUAAGAUAGUUCAGACACAAGUUCAUUAGCAGGAAUUAAGAAAUCAAAAUUUUCUAAAAGAUAUGAUUUAAUUUAAAAAAUUACUAGUUCCAAUAAAUUUUCUCAUAAUUUCCUCAAUAUGAAAUAUAUGCUAACUUUAAUGUUUCUUAAUUUCUUAGUAUUUGGAUCAAUUGAAAUGUUUUAUGCUAAUUCAGAUUUACCUUAAUUUUUAAAAGAGAUCGAUCUACUAUAAAUAAAAGCUAAUAUAAUUGGACCAAUAGACAAUUAUAUUGUUGGAUAAAAUGCUGUCACUAAUUAUGCAACUUUAUAUUAAAGAAAUUAUUUAACAAAAGAAUAAGCCUAUUAAGAAGCCCUCUAUGCAAAUAAUGAAAUUAAUUAUACUUUUUAUGAAUUAAAGACAAGUUUUGAAAACUAACUAUAAAAUCCAUAUCUUGACCCUUUUUUUGAAGAUAGAUAUGUCACAGUCAAAAUGGCAGAUUAUCCAACAACAAUAGAAUAUACUAUAAGAUUGAGAGAAGCAAUUCAAUUAUAAUUAGAGGCUUCAUUAAAUUUUAUAAAGACUGAUUUUUUAUUUAAUGAGAAAAUUGACUAUACUUAAGGAUUCUUUACUUAUUUAUUCAAAAAUUUUAUGCCUUUGAGAUAAUUAUGUUAGGAAUUAAAUGAAGAAAUGUUAGAUUAUUCUACUAAUAGGGCUACUUUAGUAUCUAAUAAUUGGUAUUAAUUAUUAAUUCCAAUUGUAAUUAUAGGAGGUGUACUUCUUAUAGUUUGUAUAUUGUUUUAUAAAUUUUACUUAUAACAAUAUGAUUAAUUUUUGGAAUUGUUUUCAUAUUUAGAUACAGUUUGGUUAUAAAGAGAUAUAGAUAGAUAUAGAGGUUAUGCAAGUUUGUUAAUGAAGGAUUCAGAUGUAUUAUUUAAAUAUUAAUUUGAUCUUGAAGUAAAGGAAGUUUUUUUGAUUAAUGAAGAAAUGAAAAAGGAUAGGAUUGCAUAAAAUUAAGCAUUUUAGAGAGACAAAUAAAAUUAAUAAGGAUUUGUUGGAGUUUAAUAAAAGAUGCAAUAAUUGCCUUCAAUUUUUUCAUUUGCUACAAUAUAUGGGAUAUGUUUUGUGUUUUGUUUUAUAUCUAAUUCAUUAGCAUAGAAUUAUUAUACAAAAUAUCCUGAAACUACUAGAUUUUUUAAUCUUUUAUCUGAUUUAAGUAUGGCCAGUAGUGGAACAUUUUCAAUGAGAGAAAUUAGUUAUACUAUUUAAGCAGAAGUUACUUUAAUGUAUUUCUUUUCAGAUAAAAAUGCCAGUGAUUUUAUAAAUGUAUUCAUGGAUCAUAUUAACAAAAUAGAUAAGUUUUUAGAGGUAUUUUAAAACUUUGAUUCUUCAGGAUAUAUAACAUCUGAUGAAUUUGUAACUGAUUUUUAUAAUUUAAUGGUUGAAGAUAUUUGUGCUUUUUUACCAGAUGUAUAAUUUAUCUAAUUUUUAGUAUAAAAUAGUGAGUGCUUAAUAACAUUGUGAUUCUGCAUUAGAUGGUGUUAUGCGUAGAGGAAUGAUAGAAACAUUAAAUAAAGUGAGAAAUAAUGCAAUGAAUGAAUAUGAAUCAACCAAUCAUUUUUAAAUUGAAAUUAUAGAUUUAAAAUCUGAUUUAGAAAUAGGAUUAAUAGCUUAUGAUGAUUUAAAUGAUUUAAGAGAUUAAUUUUAAAAUUAAUUGACUGAUACUACAAAUUAAUUAAUUUCAUAAUUAUCUGUAAAUAUUCAUUUAUAUAAAAAAAGUUGAUAAAUAUUUCAUUUAUUGUUAUACUUUUAAUCAGUAUAUUUACAUUGUUAACAUUAAUUGAAAAAUACUUUAGAUGGGAGUUUAAUAUAGUAAAGAAUUUUAUAAUUUUACUUCCAUAAACUUCAUUAUUUUUAGAUAUUUAAUUAGAUAGAAAUCUUAGAUAGAUGGUAGUUCAAGAUGAUUUAAUAUGA